AUGGCUGCUUCCGACUUCCGUAACGGCCGUUACCUCACCUGCUCCGCCCUCUUCCGCGGUAAGGUCUCCAUGAAGGAGGUCGAGGACCAGAUGCGCAACGUCCAGAACAAGAACCAGAGCUACUUCGUUGAGUGGAUCCCCAACAACGUCCAGACCGCUCUGUGCUCCGUUCCCCCCCGUGGCCUUAAGAUGUCUUCCACCUUCGUCGGAAACUCCACCUCUAUCCAGGAGCUCUUCAAGCGCAUCGGUGAUCAGUUCAGCGCUAUGUUCCGUCGCAAGGCUUUCUUGCAUUGGUACACUGGUGAGGGUAUGGACGAGAUGGAGUUCACUGAGGCCGAGAGCAACAUGAACGACCUUGUCUCCGAGUACCAGCAGUACCAGGAGGCCUCCGUCUCCGAGGGCGAGGAGGAGUAG